CGGUGUCAAACCUCGACAUAGAGAGCAAGCUGUCGGUUCACUAUCAGGCUCCAUGGCACCAGCAGCACAAUGUAUUUCAUCCUUGCACCCGACCGCCGUGUCUGGAGGAGCUGCACAGAAACGCUCAGCUCAGUCUCAGAGCUCUGCACCAAGACGAACAACAGCGGCAGCGGUCCACGAGUCGGGAGAGAAACAGAGUGACCAUCUCUAUCUCAGUGGCGCCCCCCAUGCCCACCUUCCCUUCGCCCCACACCAUCCGGCGGCAACAGAGGAGUCGCCUGGCAAGAGCGCAAGAGAGAGCAGAAAGGGAGCGAGACUUAGACUAUCAACCCAGGAAGGAGAGGCCUGUGAAAGAAUCAGAAAUCCAGACCAUACAGAGAAAAGAGAGGCCAAGAGAAGCAGAUGUUCAGACGAUCCAAAGAAAGGCUACCUCUACAGGGGAAGGUGAAGGCGGUGAGGUCUUGGGAAGCAACAGAGCCCAGGCCUCAGCCCCCAGUGCACCUUCAACCCAGGAUAAGCAGACAAACUGGUCAAAGGAAAAUGUCCCACCAUCAGAUCACAAGUCAUCUGGCGAUUCUCAUGCUAUCUCUUCCUGUAUCAUCCCGAUCAAUGUCACAGGAGUUGGGUUUGACAGGGAAGCAAGUGCUCGAUGCUCUCUAGUCCAUUCUCAGUCAGUUCUUCAGAGGAGAAGGAAGCUAAGGAGGAGGAAAACCAUAACAGGAAUACCCAAAAGAGUACAGCACGAUAUGGAUUCCGAUGAAUCACCUGUGGCAAGAGAGCGCACAGUGAUUAUCCAUGCCAAUCCACAUCAACUCUCGCUCUGUCAGGAAGAACUCUCAGUCAGUGGUCGCCUCCAUCACACUCGUGACUCUGGCUGCCAGACAGAUGAUUUUCUUAUAGCAUGUACAGCUGCUCCCUCCAGAAGGCGUAUUAGAGCUCAGCGAGGCCAUCAGGGAAUUCCUGCCUCUUUGUCCCAUUCAACAGGAAAUAUUUCUUCUCUUGGUGACCAAUCAGACUCAACAUACACCACAGCCACAUCCCAUGGUGGGCGAUUGCGCUCCCGUAGCCUUCCACGAGAGGGUGGACGUCUGAUGGAUAGUGAUGAGGAUGACGAUGACAAUUAUGACGAUGAUGAUGAGGAUGAAGAAUUGUCACCUUACGAAGCAGAGGACUUUAUUCCAGCUGGCCCCAGUCCAAGAAUGAAGAUGAUGAUGAUGAAGGAUGAAGAGGAGAGCACAGAUGACCAAGCAGCUCCAGAGCCGCUACAGCUUGGAAGCCUAAAAAGGCUGCAGCGAACUGGGGAGAGAGACAGAGGAGGUGGAGGAGGUGGAAGCCCAGAGCAUAGCUGGAUGGAGAGGGGUCGUUCACGGUUACCACGUAAGGCUGACAUGGGCAGCUGCGAGAUCUCGUCAAGCUCAGAUACGUUUAGUAGCCCUAUUCAUUCAGUGUCUACAACAGGAGUCUUAGGCAGCCAUGUGGAUCACAAAGAAGACCACCAGUCAUCCAGCGGGAACUGGAGUGGUUCUAGUUCUACCUGCCCCUCACAAACAUCUGAAACCAUCCCGCCACCCUCUUCUCCACCCUUGACAGGCUCAUCCCACUGUGAUUCAGAGCUGUCACUCAACACCGUGCCCAAUGCUAUUGAUGAGGGGUUCUCCCUCGAUCCCUCAUAUCACUCUGACCUCAGACCCCAAGGCCAGGGUCACAGAUCAAGCUCAUUCACAUCCUCAGCCACAGACCAGCUGGAUGAUGCAGGGGUCAGUACAGCCAGUGAAGGAGAGUGGACAUACCCUCCAGACCAAGAUCAGACUGACCAAGAUCAAGACCCUGACCAGACCCAAAACCUGAGCCAGAGCCAUGGGGUAACCCAAGAGUACAGCUCUAAACAUAGCCUUGAAGACCAAGCUGGCUUCAGUGACAAAACGAGCAACACUGAAACAGAGCCUGGCUCUCAUUACCCAUCUGAUACAGAAGGUUUCUAUUCCUCCUCUGUGCAUAUCAGAGAGUGUAAUCAGAGUUAUAGAGGAUACAUGUAUAACUAUGCAGACCAAGGGCCUGACUGUGGUCAGUCCAACACUGUGGCAGCACCACUAUCACAUGGAGUUUACCCUGAGCCCUCAGCUGACUUCAGAGCAAGCAUUCUAACCCUGGGGAGGACAUCUCGUUCAUUAAGGAAACCGAAAGUCAAACCUCCACCACCCAAACGAACCUCCUCACUAAAGGAACCCAGUGGUAGUGUUGAUGUCGGAACGGACACACAGGCAGAUCAGGAUCAACCAAAGAUGGUUAUUGAGCAGGAGCUUACUUUGUCUUCCACAGAUAUGAAGCUGGAACUGGACCUAGAGCUUGGAGUUGCUCCAGAACCAUUACAGACAUCCUGUUUAGUGGCAGAGCCUUUGGGAACAUGGGGAAUGGGACUGGGGGAAACCGUGGACAUAGUAGAGCCCAUGUCUUUCAGCUCUGCAGAUACACACUCAUUUAAAGAUGAAGGUGCUGUGCAAUCUGACUAUGCAGACCUUUGGCUUCAUAACAGUGAACUGAAGUCCAACAAUGGUGAGUACACAUCCAUGUCCAACUCAAGCACCGCCACAGGCACUACUGUCAUGGAGUGUAUCAAGUCACCAGACAGCUCUUCCUCUUCCACAGAAACCCAAACCCAGGCCCCUACCCAGGCUUCAGACACCGUGGCAACUAGUUCACCACUCCCACCUGAAGACUUCAAACUAGGGUCUCCUGAGAAACUGGCUGGUCUGGCUUCACCAUCAAGUGGUUAUUCCAGCCAAUCAGAAACACCUACAUCAACCCUGCCCACAUCUUCGGCAGCAUUUUUCCCAGGACCAUUGUCUCCUUCAACUGGCAAGAGGAAGCCCAAAGUACCAGAGAGGAAGUCUUCUCUCGCUUCCCUGCAGCAUUUCCCCAGAGAUGGAGCUUCCAUUUCCUCUUGCUAUAAGAGAGACCCAGACUUUCCCCCUCCACCUUCUCAGCUGGAUCUCAGUAUCCUUCAUGGUGGCUAUGUCAGACACACGUUAUCCCACCGGACUUACCACAUGCACACAUUGCACCAUAGCAAACACAGAGCUGCAAAUGUUUUAGCCACUGGCACAAAGUUGUUGGCUCCUGAAGCAUCAAAUACCAACCCACCACCAAGUUCAAACUCUACAUUAACAAUUCCUAGUUCAAAUCUGUCAGCGAUAACACCGUCUGCUCUUCGAUCAGUGCAGCUUCAUUCUGUUAGCCAAUCUGCAGAUCCACAAAUUACUUACACUACAGACCAGGAAACACCAAGUGUAACAGAAACUGCUACAAGACCCAAAUGUCCUCCUAGUGCUUCUACUCUGGCUCCGCCACCUCCUAACACUAGGCCUCUCCCUCCUCGCAGACCUCCUCCUAGACCACCAGGUCACGAGCACACCUCCUCCCCUGAGCAUGCACAACCAACACCUCCUGGCCGUCAUCCUGAUGGGCCUCCAUCUUAUGAAAGCCUGCUACUUAGACAGGACCGCUAUGGACCUGGAACUUUCUGGGCUAUGACUGCCUUCCGAACCCGAAUGGACCCAUCAUCAGACCUCUCUGAGGACAGCUCACCUGUGCAUCGACCUGUCCCACGUGCUCCCCAUCCAUCUCCUGUGGAUCUACACACACACAUCCAUUCUCAUAGAGAGUUCAGAGGGCUCACCCACUCAUCUCGUGCACAUCCUGAGUUUAGGGUUUUAGGAGAACGCUCCUUCUCCCAGGAUGAUGAUGAUGAUGAAGAUGAAGAGGAGGAAGAGGAAGAGCACGUGAAAGAACCCCCUAGACCUGUAUGUCCCAGAGGAGGUAUGCGAUCAGAUCAUCCUCCACCCCCAGCAUAUGAGUUUGCUGGGGGAUCCCACUCAGACUCAGGGCCCUGGGCUAGUCCAAUCAAAGUGCCUGGUACCACAAUGGAGACAUUGCAUUCUUACCUAAUCAGUGACCCAAGAAAUAGAGGACACGAAGAACAGGAAGAAGAGGAGGAAGUGACAUCAGGUGCUACCAGAAGUGCCCAGCAACAACAGCCACAGGAAAGCAAAGAUGACUCCACGACUCCUGACACUGAGGAUUACUUCAGUAAAGGGAUGUUGUGUGCUACAGAUUCCACACCCAGUGAUAAUUCGCUCUCCCCUCUGAUGGAUGACACCAAAGUGGAUGAUGACAUCAUUCUCACGUCACCCAAUAAGACCCGGACAACUGAGGACCUGUUUGCCAUGAUACACAGAUCCAAGAGAAAGGUCCUGGGUCGUAAAGAUUCUGGCGACUUAAAUGCUAAGUCUCGUCUCUGCCCUCCAGUACCAGUGACCCCCAGCAACGUGUCCACCGUCAUUAUCCCUCCAGCACCUCCUCUCAACAUUCCAGCUACCUUAGCCACUGCUGUUGGGUCACAACGAGCCCCUGUACCAAUCUAUCGCAGCGCCAAGAAAUCAAGUACGUCGAACGAGGAAUUUAAACUCUUGUUGCUAAAAAAGGGAAGCAGAACUGAUUCCAGCUAUCGCAUGUCAGCUACAGAGAUUCUGAAAAGCCCUAUUACCCCUAAAACACCAGGGGAGUCUGUCCAGGAAGGGCCCAUUAGACAGGGAGAGGAGCCACCCUCUACGCUCCAGGAGAGCCCCAUUUCUGGCCUCGACCCAAUCCAGAUACCAGGUCUUUUUCCCAGAGCCAACUCUGAGAGUUUUGCAUCGAAAACCCUGCCUAUGUCAGCUGCAUCUCGACAAGGACGUUCUCGGAUACCCCCUGUAGCCAACAGUAGUCGCUACAGUACACGCAGUCGCCUCUACACAGCCCCCAUGCAAGCCAUUUCUGAAGGGGAGACCGAGAACUCAGAUGGGAGCCCCCAUGAUGACAGAUCAUCCUAAAGCCACCCGAUGCGUGAUGUCCUCUAUUCUUAGCUGUGCCCUGCAUUUCAAACGGCCCCUUCUACUUUUCUUGGAUGGCUGUGUCAUCGAGGCCAAUGGUGUAAUUCUUAUGACACACAAAAUCUGACUGUUGCAGAAAUAAAUCCGGUUGUGGAUAUUUUAUUCUAUACUAAGGUGUCAAACUGUUGUGAGGAUUUGAACCAUAAAGGUUAUGAAAAACUAUGAAAAAAUAGUGUAUUAAAUAAAUAAUUCCCUCAUC